GGCCCAGAAAGGCAGGGGGCCUUUUCCCUUUGAGCCCUCACUUACGGGAAUUCCCGAUGUGGAUUCCAGGAAAUGGAAGGGGCUUUGGGCUCCAGGGGCUCUUUCCUUUCUCAUAACCCCUAUCCCUUUUCAGCCUGCCUCCUGUUCAGGGUAUAAAGCCAGCCAAUCCGUGGGAAAAUCAGAGUCCGAACGCAGGCAGCCUUGACCUCUGUUUGAUAUGGCUCCCAGGGGGAGAUCCACGGGCACGAUAAUCCGCCUGCAGCAUUAACCCUCUGUGGGCCUCGGAAGAGGUUCCCCGUGGGGUCUGGCAACUCUUCAUGGACGGCACAGAAAGGGACCUGCAUGUGAGGCUUUGAACUUGGUUGCUUAUCUAUGUCAGGAGCAUGGUUCUCAUGAACAUUUGAUGAUGAUGAUGAUGAUGAUGAUGAUGAUGAUGAUGAUGAUAGAUUUGCCAGCGCCCCCAAAGAAUCGGGCUUUGUUUUCUGGAACCACACAAUCCCUGCCCCUCUCAGUACUGAGGUCCUACUUGGGUGAUGUUGGACUCAGUGACACACAGCACCUUCCUGCCCAACGCGUCCUUCUGCGACCCCCUGAUGUCCUGGACUGACCUGUUCAGCAAUGAAGAGUAUUAUCCUGCCUUUGAGCACCAGACAGCCUGCGACUCCUACUGGACGUCCGUCCACCCCGAGUACUGGACGAAGCGCCACGUCUGGGAAUGGCUCCAGUUCUGCUGCGACCAGUACAAACUGGACACCAACUGCAUCUCCUUCUGCCACUUCAACGUCAGCGGCCUGCAGCUGUGCAGCAUGACCCAGGAGGAGUUCGUGGAGGCGGCGGGCCUCUGCGGGGAGUACCUGUACUUCAUCCUCCAGAACAUCCGCUCCCAAGGUUACUCCUUCUUCAAUGAUGCUGAAGAGACCAAAGCCGGCAUCAAAGACUAUGCUGAUUCCAGUUGCCUGAAAACAAGUGGCAUCAAAAGUCAAGACUGUCACAGUCACAGUCGAACGAGCCUCCAAAGUUCUCACCUCUGGGAAUUUGUGCGCGACCUGCUCCUGUCUCCCGAAGAAAACUGCGGCAUCCUGGAGUGGGAAGACAGGGAGCAGGGCAUUUUCCGGGUGGUGAAAUCCGAGGCCCUGGCCAAGAUGUGGGGACAAAGGAAGAAAAACGACAGAAUGACGUACGAGAAGCUGAGCAGAGCUCUGAGGUACUACUAUAAAACGGGAAUUCUGGAACGGGUCGACCGAAGGUUAGUGUACAAAUUUGGAAAAAACGCACACGGGUGGCAGGAAGACAAGCUAUGACCGGCUCCAUCGUCUGGCUCCUGUUGAUGGAUUUCUGUUUUAAAGCAAUCACGUCGCAAUAGACAUUUGCAAGUCUUGGUUUUCGGUUUGUUUGUUUUUUAAACGUGCAAACAUGCUGAUAAAGUUGCUCCACAUCUCCGCUUACAUUUGGAUUCAGAGUUGUUGUUGUCUCCUCACGGGUGAUGGCAGCAACCCUUAAGAAAU